AUGCAGCCCAGCGGCCCAGCACGACACCCCGAACCAACGGACGCCAACCAGGCCGCCAAUCAUCGCGGACGUUCGAGUCCCUCGGCAGCGGCCGAGAAGGGCAAGAGGAAGGGCCCCUCGCUCGUCUCCCCUACCGACCGCGUCGCCGAUGGAAGAACCGGGAUGGGAACUCCGCUUUGCUUCUGCAGUGCAAUUUGA